AGCCAUGGACAACUAUACAUUUGCAUUUGCUGGUCCUGGAUUUAGGAACAAGGCCAGAUCAUUUAUGUCACAAUUCUCUGAUACCUUCAGUGCUUUUUCAAAGUACAUCGCACCAUCAUACCAUCAUGAUCGCUGCGAGAGGUAUGAUGCCCAUAGUUUCAGAUUAAUUAUAAGUUAUAGUUCUUUUAAAGUCAAUGACAUAAUUUUUUAUUAAAAAAAAAAAAUACUGAGCAGGAUAAUAUAUUUCUUAGAAAAGAACCUUUCAUGUUAAAGCCGAAUAAAUUUUCCCGAAAGCCGGAAGUGUUUCGGUGUCAACAAAUUUAGUUUUUCACAGUAGUGUCCCCUGGCUUUAGUUACAAUCAUUUAGUGUCGCUCAAUUAUUUUAUUUAACCACUACACUACAAUGCCACGUGAAAUAGAAGCGUAAGUUAAAAAUUAGAUUAAAGUUAAACUUCUGAAAAUCUUUUUUUUUUCUAUUUUAACAUGUAUAUAGUCUAUCUUUAUAGUAAACUUGACGUGACAGGGACUGAGUGGUGGUAAAACUGCGAUGAAUCCGAUGAACAUGACAUAAAUGAUAAUGAUAAAAUAAGUCAUAAACGGCAUCAUUAGUGACUGGCUGAUGUGACUCAUUAUAUUAGGCGGGAUGAUUAGUCGGCAAAGGCAACAGCUAAUGCAGAGAAUAUGUGCCAUUAGGGUUCAGUUUAGGAAUAGGGAUACAUUUAGGGUUCAGGUUAGGUUUAGUGACAGUGAAUUAUAAAAGUUCACAGAUCGUGGCAGCCGUGUGAUACGUCAUGGCACCAAUUGUUUGCAUUUACCUAGAAAACCAAUACUAAAAUGAACUAUUAAGCGUCAUAGUGCAUAGUAUAGUAUAGUCAUAGUCGCUGACAAUGAGACAAAGAUUGAAAGAUACAGUAGGCCUAUAGUCUAAAGAUCAGAAGAAGCUGAAGAUUAAGUCGGUAUCAUUGACUGUCUUGAGUCUUGACAGACAUUCGGUCAGUCACAGAGUCAGGAAAUAAGAAAUUCCUGCUAAAACAGACAAUUCUCUCCAUGACACCAUUUACUGGUUUAUUUAAGGUUCUAUUCAGGUUAGAUUGGUUAAUUUUGGGUUAGCGGUAAGGCUGGCGAUGUGUUCCACGGUAUAGGCCUAUAGGUCACGGAAGUUCCCCCUGGUCAACUUCCAUCUACAGCGCUGUAUUAAAAGGAUUUCGAUGUUUAUAUUCACAUAAAGCAAAUUUUUUGUUCUUUUUGAAAUUGGGGGAGGGUUUUGGGGAGGGGUCUCCCUCCCCAUCCCUAUAAGAUCAUUCCAAAUGCAAUUUAAGCACUCAUCUCCCUUUUGUUACCAAAGUUUCAACAUACAGGUGUAUUGAUUUUCAACUAAUCAGAUCAAAAUACAGCAUCUUUGUUUGGCGUGCGUCUUUUUUUUCACCGGUGUUGGGUCUUGGGGUAUCAGCAAGGAUGUGUUUCUUUUUUCCUUUCUUUUGAAACGUGUAAGUUGAAUGUUAAUACAAAUUAUUGGAAAAUUUCAUUUUAAUAUUCUUCAUUUGAACCGUAUCGUUUAUGACGCGAGUAAUGCUCAGUAAAGAAGAGGAAUGUUAUAACACAUUGUUCGGGUCCUACAAUUAAUAGGUCUAUUUACCCUAAGUCCAGUGUUGUGAUUCCCCAAAGUGACGUCACUGCGCUUAGGGUGGGACAACUCUUGGCAAAACCAAUACUGAUAACCCAAAAUUUACUGGUUUAGGGAUAGGUUUAGGUGGGGCCUUUCACUGGUCAUGGUGGAUGUGGCGAAGAUUGUCUGAAUUUACCAAAAUUCUAUAUGCAUAUUGAGAAGUUAUUUUUAUGCUUUUUCUUUUUUUUUUCCACCCUCGGGAUUUGGAAUUAAAUUAUAAUUAGGCAUUAAUUCGUUUAUUAUUAUUAUUAGUUAUUAUUAGAAACUUCUUGACUGCCUUAGUUUAGGCUUGUGUGAAAUUGAAUUUAAAUCUAUUUUAUACGUUAACAAUAACAUUAUUAAGCCUAUGCCUAUUUGUAAAUAUAUGCAAUCCACGUCAAUCAAACUCAUGUCACUGUGUUCAGCACUACUUUUUUCCCACGGCCGCCAUAUUUGUUGCCAUGGUGGCAGACAAGUCAUUGCAAGAAAGCUGGCGGCUGUGUAUGAUAAAUGUAUUGCAAAAACAGGUCUGCUAAAAAGUAUUUAUAAAUUAGCAAAAAACAUGCAAAUUCAAGGCAAUUUUGGUAAAGAAAAAUCUACACUAUGUAACCAGAAUGUUAAGUCAGUAAUCAGUAUCCUUAACUCAAAUGUAAAUUCCUCUGUAAAUUUGGGUACCUGCUAACUUGAGCGUAUUUACACCCCUAAACAUAGUCCCCCCAACGUAAGCGUAAAUCUUCAAACCUAAAAUCUGUGGCUUAACUUGAGCUUUAUCCAGGUGUUCGUUUGCUACAGUUAUUAUGUACUGUAUUUUACUGAGAAAAUUUUAAAUUUUUAUAAAAAGAUUAAAAUCAUUUUUAAAAUAUUCAAAAUAAUGAAAACCCAACUCUACAGCUUCAUCACAUACACUUUAUCAGCAAAAAUAAAAUCCAAAAGUUGUAAGAAAAAAAAAUCAAUAAAAAAUUCCAAAAUGCUGGCCUAGUUUUAAACAUUAUAAGUAACCACCCAAUGAAAUAUCAAUUUAAAACAUUCCAUCGGCAUAUUGCUAUUUAAAAAAAGAAAAGGUAACCCUAGAAACAAUCCAAGAAUAAACAAAAAGGGAGAGAAUCCUACACAGACACUCAAAGUGGUACGGAGAACGUAAAUUGGCCGGCCUAUUAUAUAGCACUUACCAGCUUACUGAAAACCUAGUCAAUUUAAAUAAUGAAAUAGAAUACUUCAUCAGUACACAAAUAAACUUAUAGGCUAACCUCCACUAGUAGGCCUAAUGAAAGCUAGCUAGUGAUGCCUACUUUUACCAGGCUAACUAGGCCUGCAGGUUAAGUAUUUAAAUGUACUGUGAUUCUGAAUGUCAUUAAAUUGAUGAUGUAAUAAAAUGAUUCUUUGAUUUAUAGCCUGAGUUAGGAUCCAUUCAAAGUGUACGUUUUUUAUAACAUUGAAGAGGGUAAUAAUAUGGAAUUAUACUUUACUAAUUAUAAUUCAAGUAUGGCCUAAUAAGCCUAUAAGAAAUAAAAAAAAGAUCCCUCCACAAUGCAAAAUACUUUUAGAACUACGUUUUUAAAAAUAACAAAAUGGUGGGGCCUGGUUGUUACUUUUGAUAUAAAAAAAUUGAAAGUUUGUUAGUUCAUAGCAGUCAUGGUAUAUUUUAUAAAAAGGAGAUUGUUAUGCUUAUGGGGGGAGGGGUGGGUGGUGGUGGUGGAGAAAGGCCCUAUCAUGCUAUGCCCUCCCCCACCUUUCCUUAGAAAAUGUGAUUGAUUCUUUUUUUAAUUAUCAGUACUAGACAAAAUUAAGCCUACUGGAAGAUACAAGAAAAUGAGUGAAACAUUGUUGUAGAAAGCCUGAAAAAGAAGGAAGAUAAAGCUUUUUUUGUGUGUGUGUGUGUUCUAUUCUCUUCAUUCAUUAGAAAAUAACAUUUUGUUUAAUACUGCAUACAUAGAUUUUAUACAUUUAUUUUGUUAAAUCAAAAAUUCUGUUUAAAAAGUUUGAGCUACUGAAAUGAAGAGGAAAAAAGAACAGGCUUGCUUUUGCUAAGAUUUGUAUUUAAAAUGUGGAAGAUAAAAGGGGAAUUUAAAUCUUGCAAAUGUGUAAAUAGUCAAAUUGAUAAAACUUAUAUAAUUUUUCCUUCAGAUCUGUCCAGAUGCGGCUGUAUUCUCUCAACAAAAGACAAUUUGUACUGGUGUUUGUAACUUUCUUUGUCUGCUUCUUGAUCAGUGUUUUAGUGGGGAUAGCAGGUAAGAAUGAUAAAUUUCUAUCAUUUGUUAAAUGAAUAUUCAUAACUGACACACACAAAAAACCAACCUUCAUUUAGUUUUUGAUGUCAUAUAUCCUGAUUUUCAAGUGGUAAACCAACAUUUCAGUUUUAUAUUUCAUUUGAGAAAAAAGGGGUCAUUAAAUUGAAUUUUAUUAAGUAGGUAAGAAUGUUAUUAUAAUAACAUUAAUAAUGUUUAAUUAAUGUUCCUGUUUCUGCUCCUCUCAUUUAAUUCUAUCACUAAACAUCUUAGGGCCUCACAUUAUUGAUUCCUACUCAGUCAAUGGAUCACUCGCCUUGAAAGAGCAACAGAAUAAACAGGUUUUAAAGCAUUGUUGUUUUUGACAAGUGAAAAUAUAUUUAAUAUCUGUUUGAUUUGUAAAGGGAGCAUUGUUUCUAUUGUUUUCAGCAAAUUUGAUUUCAUUAAAAUUUUUUAAACAUUUACAUUUAAAUAUAUAAUUAAUUUAAUAAUGUUAACCUGCACUCCAACUGAUGCCUGCAUCACGGUUUUGUCAAAAAAUGUCUUGCCAUCUUUAUUUCCAGACUGGUCCCUUCAUCCUUCACUCACCCCCCAUGUCCACAUUUCAUCAACAGUUGUGGUUGAUAGCUGAUGUCACCAUCACUGAUAGCAUAGGUACAAUAUAUUUUUUAGUAUCAAGUUUUCCAAGCAUUUACUUACCAUCUAAUGCAUUUUGACCUCAUAGUUUUACCCUUUUUCCCACCCUUGUUAAAGAAAAUGGUCAGAAUAAGUCCUAGAAUACCUGAUAAAGUAGAAGUAAAAAUUUAUUUGGUUGCACUAGAUUAAAUAAUGUUAAUUUUUGGGAUAUGGACACUAAAGCUAACCAUUUUCCAUCUUGAAGCUUGGAUGUGGGCACUAAAACUGACCAUUUUCAAUCAUGUAGUUGGGAUUUGGGCACUAAAGCUAACCAUUUUCAAUCAUGAAGUUCAGAUAUGGGCACUUAAGCUAACCAUUUUCAAUCAUGAAGUUGGGAUAUGGGCACUAUAGCUAACCAUUUUCCAUCAUGAAGUUAGCAUGUGGGCACUAAAGCUAACCAUUUUCAAUCAUGUAGCUGGGAUUUGGGCACUUAAGCUAACCAUUUUCAAUCAUGAAGUUGGGAUAUGGGCACUAAAGCUAACCAUUUUCCAUCAUGAAGUUCGGAUGUGGGCACUAAAACUAACCAUUUUCAAUCAUGUAGUUGGGAUUUGGGCACUAAAGCUAACCAUUUCAAAGAUGGGGGCAGAUAUCAUUUGAUUUAAAAUAUAUCUAUUUUCAGGAUCAAAGUUUGAGCAAGAAUUCUCCAUGGGUAUUCUCAUCAGAGGAGCGAACGGAGAUGCCCAGAGUGUGGAGGAGUCGGAGACCAACCCUCACCUUAGCACAGAGAUGCACAACAGAACACGCAAACUUAAGUGCAGUGGGGUUCGUGACCCAUCUAUUUCUAGUUGUCUUUGAAGCUUACGUAAUAAAUGAGGACUUUUGGGUCAUUAAUGUAAUUUUGUUGACUUGACAGGCAAUGUGUCCCCAAAAAUGCUCAGCAUUUCUCCCACUGCCUGGUCUCUGUGAUGGUACAUGGAAGUGUCCUUUGAUUUAUUUUUUACUAUGAUGGAACAGCUCUUCUCUGUGUCCUCUUAGGCAGAUAGAAAAUAUUUUUGAUCCUGUCACUAUUUUUACUCUACUCAUGCUCAAACUUUGUGUCCUUUCCUAUGUAUUUAAGACAGUUUAAUAUAUAGAAGUAGCUGCCAGUAUCAUUUUUAAUCCCAUUCCCUUCCAUAGACAAACUGUGAUGACCUGAUUGUCAUGCACCUGGGUUACCUGGACUUUGCCUAUUACUACAUCACAGUAGUGUUCUAUGACCUGGACGUUAACAAACUGACCAUAAGCAAUGUCAAGUUCACAGUAAGAAUAUUUAAUAAUCUUAAUAUGGAGUUGCAGUUUUUUUAUUUCAGUUUAAUUGAAAGAGAUUAUUUAAUUAAUGUAUCAUGAAGAUUCUCAAAAGCAUCUCAACCAUAAACUAUUUGUAAUCAAUCUCUUUCUCAAUAUCUCUUUACUCAGUUUAAGAUAAAGAGAUUAUUUAAUUAAAGUAUCAUGAAGAUUCUCAAAAGCAUCUCAACCAUAAACUAUUUGUAAUCAAUCUCUUUCUCAAUAUCUCUUUACUCAGUUUAAGAUAAAGAGAUUAUUUAAUUAAAGUAUGAUGAAGUUUCUCAAUAGCAUCUCAACCAUAAACUAUUUGCAGUCAUUCUCUUCCCCCAAUAUCUCUUCAUUCAGUUCAAGAGUUACAACACUUCCUUCACCCAGAUUGAAAUCUGGAUUCGUUUUGUUUUCCUGGUCCUCACAUUUCUGACGACGGUAAACAACUUAAUAUCCUUUUAUGUUAAUGUACACAGUAAAAAAAAAAAGGCUUACUUAAGCAAGAUAACUGAAAGUUAAUAUUUAAGAGAAGACACAAAUCUGUCAGCUUUUAUAUCAUGACCAAAACUUAUUUUUGUGGUGUGAAGGAGGAUUAUUAUUGUUAACUUGGGAACUGCUAAUGUCCUCUGUAUUGGAUGUGAAAUAUUUGCAAGCAAGUAAAGUAUACAUUUUGAAAUUUAUGUGAAUUGUGAUGUACCAGUACAUUAAGAAUCAAGCUGUACAAAGUUGGUCCAUCAGGUAGUUCAAUAAGUGUUAAGUUUUAAUUUUAAUGAAGAUUUAUCAGACUUUGACAACACUUUAAUUAAAAUAUUUGUCUGUUAGCUUCAAUUAAUUAAUUGAUUCUUUAAAUCACUCACAGUGUUGGUAUGCCCACAGUUUACGGAAGUUUUCACUUAGAGACUGGUCAAUAGAGCAGAAGUGGAUGUCCUUGCUGCUGCCCCUGUUAUUACUUUAUGAUGGUGAGGCAUUUCUUCAUUGUGUUUCAAAACAGUAAAUUUUCAUCUAAUCAUAAAAUUUAAGUCAUUUAUCAUUUAAUAUUAUUGUAUCAAAGCUCCUCAUAUUAAACAUAAUUUUCACUACCACUAGAUGUUAAGUUAUCUGUCUUUAUAGUGUUUAGUUAUUUAGCAAUGUGUCCAUUAAAAUGUUCAGUUUAGUUGUGUCCUUUCGAUGUUUUGUUCUCUAUCCUUACUUCCUGCCAAUCUUGAAAUGAAUGUUUUGCAUUUACUGUCAUUGACUUAACUAUUUUAACGAGACAUUUGCUUCUGCAGAUCCCAUCUUUCCAUUGACCUUCCUGGUGAACAGCUGGUUACCCGGCAUGCUGGAUGGCUUGUUCCAGGCAUCUUUCCUCAGUGCCUUGUUACUGUUCUGGUUGUGUAUAUACCACAGUGUCAGGGAGGUAAGUCAUGCCCACCAAGGUCCCUUUGAUCUGUGCAUUAUACAAACAGGGACUCCUCAGAUAAUUUUGGCCAAGGUUUACAUCCUAUCCAAGAAUAGUUGCCUUGCUGAGGUUUUUUUAGCGAUUUGGCCCAUAGCUUCGGAUGACCUUGGGCCAUUUUCAACCCAGCCACCCUUUCUUAAAUACAUGGGAGAUGUACAUUUCAAAAAAAUGGUAAAUCAACAACAAGUAACGAACUUAAGAAAUUUAAGAAAACUGUACCUAAAAGUUGCAACAAAAAUGGGGUCAUUAGUUAUUCCUUUAUUUAUGGUCACCAGUGGUUAGGGCUUAUCGAUCAUCUCAAGAUUUUUUUACUAUCUAAGCACAUUUUCUCCCAUUUCCAGCUCUAGGCACAUAGUAAAUUAAUGCAUCAACAAAACAAAGGGGCUAUAAUACAUUUCUUAUAUUUUUGAAAAAUUGAAUAUUGUAAUGGAUUUGAGAUUAAUUGUGGUGGCUUUUUUAAAAAAUUUUUAUUGAACAUGGAGGUUUUGUUUUAUUUGUAUCUUAAUGAUAGAAAGCAACUGAAAAUUAUAACUUUUAAUUUAUUUUGUGACGACCUAAUGCUAACAAGCUGCAGGCUAUUGAGAGACUUUUGGAUGUAAUACAUGAUUUCGAAACAAAAAACCCAGACUCCGAAUGUCUGGCAUUCAGCGUGCUCCCCCCUGAAGUCACAAAUCUUAAUGAGAACUAAUAAGUCCCUGAAAUGGUUAAGAGAAUUCACUGAAUGGCUGUUUUUUUUUCACUAGUGAAAUAAUUUAAUGUGGAUGUCUCGUGUUCAGAUCGUUUUAUUUAUGUGCUGAAAAUGUACAAUGCAAUCAAAAAACAUUUCCAUUUGUUUGGAUAAAUAAAAUAUUCUUAUCUUAUCUUAUAUUGAUAUCUUUAUCUUGUUCAGACUGAUCGACGCUUUGCUAGAUUUUACCUGCCCAAACUGGUUAUAGUUGGUUUAAUUUGGUUAUGUGCGGUCACUCUGGCAUCCUGGCAAGAAUAUAAUGAGCUUCAGGACCCAACCUACUACUACAGGCUGGACACAAGCAAUUUUGAGGUCAGUAUUUGAAUGGUUAACAGGUUAUUUCAAAAGAUUAACUUGUGUGAAAGGGUCAGAAUUGAUGAGUGUUCUUUUCAUGGGACAAUCAUUGCCAUUCCAAACACUGAAACCGUUUGGUAAAAUGCUAUUUUCUAUACAUGUCAUCAAUAUUAUAACUUACAUGGUCUCAGUUUCUAUAUGGGUUUUAUAUCCUAAUAAUUCACAAUAUUUAGCACUUAAUAACUUUAUUUAGGGUCUAUUUGACUGGCAUUUAUUUAUGCAAGUGCAAACACACACAAAAAAAAAGUUAGUAAAAAAAAAUAUUUUUUUUUUUGAUAGUUCAGAACUGACAAGCAGACUGUAAAAUUAAAGGAAUUGUCAUCCAUAAAAUGAGACCACACUUUAUUUAUUAAUCAUACUAGUCUGUUGCUUUGUUUUAAAAUACAUUUUGAUUGAAUUGAUAUGAAUUUAUGAAAGAAGGCUUGUAGAAGCUAUUUGGUUUUGCAUAAAAAAAUAAUUUGAAAGUCUCUUUUUUUUACAGAAUUGUUGAUGAACCUUGUCCCAUUUGUGCUACUUACAUUCAAAUAAAGUAAAUUAAAAUGCUUUUAUCUCCGCCCAGGGUUUCAAGAUUUUGUUUUUCAUUGUUGGCGGCUUCUAUUUGUUGUAUCUCCUGUACCUGUUGGUGAGAGCUUACGCUGAGCUGCGACUGAUGCCGUACUUUGGUAGGUGGUCAUUCAAAUGUUUUGGUUGGAGUUGUUGGGAAAUUGGCAUUUUUGUUGAUUUAUCAACUUGCAGUGCAUCUUUUUUUGAACAUUAUGGGAACUCCUUAAUUUUAUCCGCAAUAUAAAGAGAACUACUAUUUAGAGCAAUACUUUCCUGACCAUGGAAUUGAGAUACAAACACCAUAAUACAGAUUUUGAUUUUCUCUUUUAAGUUUCAAAGUACCGUACACACUUUCUAACUUUAUUUCACAGAUCUGCGUCUCAAGUUUAUGACUGCUCUGAUGGUCAUCGUUGUGUCCAUCAGUAUUGCCAUCACUGUCAUGAGGUUUGGCGGUGGUGUCCUGCAGGACAACUUUGUCUCUGAACUGUCCACAAACUAUGAGAACUCUGCUGAGUUUGUUUCAUUCUAUGGUCUGCUCAAUUUUUACCUGUACACAAUGGCUUUUGUUUACUCGCCGUCACCAAAUGCCAUGUUUGGUAAGUAGUUUGAAACAUCUAAAUAUAUUGUGACUGUUAAACUUUUGGUCUGCUGAUUAUUCUAGAAGGCCUUAACUAAUUACCUUUUUUCUUUUCAACCUGGACCACUCAGAAAUUUUACGCAGGUGAAAUCCCAGCCCAUUUGGAUAAACUUCAUGAAUAACCUAGAUUGCUUCAGAUAAAUUUUAAAAAUGUAUUUUGUCAUAUGAUUACAUGAAAUUAAGUGGAAUACAGUAUGGAUAGAUGGAUGAUUCAUGUAUUUUGCUAUAUAAUUUUUCAAUGCUUUUGCUAUAAAAAUUGUUAAAUAUCAAACUUUGAAAAUGUGCUAAACUACUCACCAUUGACACCAUCAAAAGAUAAAGCCACAAAAAAAAAAAAAAAAAUUAAUUCUAAAGGCCAGAUUGAUAUAAUAACACUAUAUAUCUAGUGGCACAGUGCUUCUCAACUUUUUAGUGCCAUGGCCCCUUGAUAACAUUUGCCAAGUUGCUGCGACCCAUGACCAGUUUUAUGUCUAGAAAUUGAGAGCAGAUGUUGAGAAGUUGAAGGGGGUGGGUACUGACUUUUAUAGAUUUUUAAAAAAUAAAAAAAACUUCACAUAGAAUAAUUUUUUUUCACUUCAAUAGCUAUUUAGUUUAUUGUGCUCUGGUAGUAUGGGAAUAUGCUAUGAGUGUGUUACUGUAACUCCAUUUAGUUAAACUCAAGGGCUUAGUUUUAUUUAAUGAGAAGCUAUAAAUUAUUGAUUUCCGUAUUUGCCUUACCAUUGAGCUUUAUACAUGUCAAAUGCAAAUACUGUUAAGAUAACAUAAACAGCAUUCACAACAUUCCUGGUGGUGAUUAAAGUAAUAAGCAUAUAUUACAAAUGAUUGUUUUUUUCCAGCAAGAUUUGAUAGGGUAAUGGGCAUUAGUUAGUUUACUCACCUUUACGCAGUUACAGUUUUAUUGAUUGUUAAGACAAUUUGUUGUUGAUUGUUAAGACAAUUUUUUGUUUAUUGUUAAGACAAUUUUUUGUUUAUUGUUCGAACGAAUUUUGCAAAUUUUUCAAGGUGAUAAAAAUGAAAAAUUUUUAACUUCUUUUUAAUCAAUGUGAUCAUGUGACUUUGGCCAAUAUUGAUCUCAAUUUAGGUUACAUAUUUUAAACAUUUAUUAAAACUCUUUACUGCUCGUCUUAAAAAAAUGUUCUUAAAUUUGACAAUUGUGGUUGUUCUUAAGAAAUAAUUAAUAUGCAGAAAUCCUCUGUCAAACGUUGAAACAAUUUGAAAUUAAGUCAAUUUUUAUUGUUAUACAAGUUUAAUCAAAACCGCAUUUUAUAUUCUGCUGCUGUUAUUAAGUUUCUUGUCAAUGUUUUCUAAUGUAACUUGCAGGGCAUCUUAUACAGCAUGCAACUAUUUAAUUAUUUCUUAUUUCUUUAAAUAACUCAUCAUCACCCACUUUUCCCUCACACAGAAACUCAUUUCAAAGAUAAUCCUGCCCUUUCUAUGCUGAAUGACUCGGAUGAAGAAAUCCAGUACUCGUAAGUUCCUUAUUUAUGUAAGAAUGAUUCCUAGCAAAAGGAGGAUUUUUUAUUGCCUAAGAGUAGCCCAAAAAUCACUUUUGAUAUAUUUAUUUUUUCAUGGGGGAUCAUAAUUGAGCUGUUUUCAUAUUAGACCAUAUUUUCUCUCUGGGGUUUUGGUUGUGCAUCCUCUUCACUGCUCUCAUUUGGCAUUCUUUCUAAACAUCCAGCCCAGUAUAAAAUUUGUCUGAAUCGCACUUGUAAAUGUGAAAUGAUUGAGUUGGUUUUGCUUACCAAUAAUUGGAGAUUAACAAACACGUUUUUCAACUCUCACCGUUACUGUCUUAGGGCUUCUUGAGGCCAUUCUAGAAUAUGCUUUGCUCUUCCAUGUGAGGGCUGUAGCCACGGGCCUAGGAGAAGGGGGCAGUCUUCCUGGUGCAGCCUUUCUUUUGGGGCAGUAGUUUCAAUUUUCUUUCUGCUUCAUAUGCUUGACUUAUUUUGUAUGUGUAUUCCGUAUGCAGGAUACUUUUCAUUAAUUGUGUGCAGCUAAGUCUAGGACUGCCCUGGCUCAUCACAAACUCUAGCUACUCCAUUGGCUCCAGCGUGUAAUUAAUGAAAACACUGCUCUGCAUAACUGUUUUAUGUUAGCCUCAACAAGAACUUCAUUAUAUUUUAUUAUCUCUGCACUGAUUUUUGUGUGUCAGUCAUUGAACCUAGCAAAACGACUUCAUGCUAUCAGUGUUUUCACAUCAUUUUUGUCUGUUUACGAUAGGAUCAUCUCAGUAUCAGUGAUGGCUGCUGUGUAUUAACAACAUAUAGCUCCAUCAGUCUGAGCCAGUGCUGUGACAGCUGCCAAUCUGUUAUAUGGACAUGACCCAUCAAUAAUAGGAUAUGAUGUUUAACUUUUUCCUUUUUGACAAUGGAGAAAUUGAUUCAAGUCUAUUUUUGGAACAGUUGUACUAGAAUUUAAUUGAUUUCACCCUUGUUAACAAUGUGCAACAUGUUGCAUGCACGGCCAGGUUGCUCAGAAAAAAAGAUAUUCACCCAUGGUUCAGCAUAACGUUUUAUUCUUCUUUUUUUCUUGCUGAUACUUUCAAUGCUUUGGGCAGCAUCAGCAUUUGCGCGACUUGGCUGUUCCUAAUGCAACAGAUGUCUAUUAGAAUGACACAAAACACUUUGGUCGCUCUUCAUCCUAGUUACACGAGUGUCAAAUUUUUAGACCUGGUAUCAGAGUGCAGGGAAUUAUUAGACACAAUAUAUAUAAGUUAUAUUUUCAUUGGUACAACAAAAAUUGGGUGAAGGUUUAUAUUUCAUGUAUAUUAUUACUCAACACAUAAAGUCACUGGUAUACUUUAUAAACUAUGUUGCUAUAAACGAAACUAGGUUGUUUCGUUUAUCUCCCUUACGGGAGCUCAAACCUUUUAAUGGGACCUAAAGAAAUUUUCUCUGCACUUCUCACAUUGAAACAAAAUCUCCAUGACAAUGCUUAAGACUAAUUUUCAAGGGCUUAAAUCCUUUAUUGAAUUAGAAGACGCAUCACUACAAGCAGGGCUGGAAGUUAACAACCAAAAAACAUGAUAAUGAUAAGAGAAGAACAGACAGAUGAAGCCAUUAAAAUUAGAAACCAGACUUUUGAAAAAAGUAAAUCAAUUCAAAUAGCUGGGAUCUUUAUUAAAUGAAAGAAACAAAUUAGUAACAGAAAUAUAAGAAAGAACAUCAGCCGGAAACAGAGUAUACUGCAGGGCAUACUGCAGGGCAUAUUGCAGGGCACACUGCAGGGCAUACUUCAGGGCAUACUUCAGUAGUCAGAAAAUACUCAAAAGUAAAAACACUUAAAGAGAAUGCCAAAUGACAGAGGAGUGAAGAGGGGGGUCACCAAAAACCCCAGAGGAAAAUGGCUCAAAGGCAGACCUAGGGGUAGAUGGAUGGAUGAUGUGGUAAAAGAUCUACAACAACUGGGAAUCCAAGCAUGGAAAAGAAAAGCAUUAGUUAGGGCUGAGUUGAUGGAAGUUGUGAGGCAGGCCAAAACCUACAUGGGCUGUAGCGCCCCACAGAGAUGGGUGGAUAUUUUGUAAGGCUAAUUUGAUAGGGUUAAUUGUUGUACAAUUAAAGACUACAAUUAAAUUUCUGUGCACUCUUAGACUCCUGGUUUAUUUAAAACUAGAACUCACAUUUCAUUUCACACAGCUCAGACACAGAGGAGACAACUCUUAGCAGAACGAGGAACACAUUGGCAGACAGUGAUGAGGACUUUAGGUAGCUCCACCCUCCCCCCCGAAGUUCACUGGCCAGUUUGUCAAAUUUCUUGACAAGGAUUUCCAGUCUCCUGAUUUCUCUCAGUUACUUUUAUUUUUUUUAUUUUGAUCUAAAGUAGAAUAUUUAUUUACAUAUUUGCUAAAAGGUGAAUUCAUCUGUCACUCUUUCUAAAAGGUAUUUACAAAGUCAUGUAUGUGGUCGAGUCAUGAGUUUUAUUAAAUUAAAUAUGAAAUGUUAAUUUAUUACAUAUGCUCAUGCUUAUAACACUUUGCUUUCAUUAAUUUAAGGACAUAAUUAAUAAUAUCCCAAUGACCCGUAGAUUCCCUUUCUGUUUGUUGAAUUAGAAGAACAUGAUUUUAUAUACCUGCUUUUAUAAUUUAUAGUGAUAAAUAUUAAGUUCCCCAUGGAACAAAAGCUCAUGGAUUAUGUGAUGUGGUAAACUAUGUCAGAUUUGGUCCAUAUCACCAUGUCUGAAUUACUUUCAAUUAAUUUGUACCGGGCUUGUUCCUCAUUUACACUUUUGCCAUUUAAACAGACAUUGUUUCAUCUUGGUUAACUCUGGGGCCUGCUUGGUCCAGUCUUGUCUGGGGCCUGCUUGGCCCAGUCUUGUCUGGGGCCUGCUUGGUCCAGUCUUGUGUGGGGUUUACAAAUUUUUAUAUAUAAAUGGGGGAUUUUUUUUAAUGAACUCAUAAUUUUGAUACUGAGGGAUUGAACAAAUUUUCUAUUGAUCACCCUUCCAUCCAUCUCCAUUGCACCGUUGAAGGUUCAUUUCUUUGUUGUCGUCUAUUAUUUUCCAUUGAUGUAUUGCCAUUUCUUGUCAACCAAUUUUGUUUCCAACUAGCAUUUGUAAACCAAACAUCAGAAGGAAAAUUGUUAUCAUAAUGAUUUUUUGUCAUUUCUUUAGAUCUACUAUCAAUACCAACAGAAAAUGGC